AUGGGUUGUUGCCAAAAUUCACUAAGAUGUUCAGAAGAACUAUAUAAAGUACAUGUGAACUUUGAAUUUUCUCCAAAGACUUUGAGUAUGGCUCCUAUAUCUUGCAAUGUAAUCAAAGGAGAUACUGAUGAAAUCAUGGAAGAAAUUAAUUGCUUUGAAUGUACUUGCGAAGAAAAAGGUCUACUUGAAAAGUUCAAAUUAAAUAAUAUUACCAAAACAAAUAGUCUAAAUUUGAAGGAAGAUGUUUUUAUAGAUUUACGAUAAGCUCCUAGUCCUUCUAAGAUAUAAAUGAGCAAUAAGAAUUUAAACAAUAAAUUCAUAGGAAUGCUGUGAAAGAUAC